AACGUGAGGAACAAACUGGCGGGUGCGAGUGAGCUCCAAUAUGGCCGUCGAUCUGGGCCUGCGCACCCCUUUACUGUGUGCCUAGCCACGCGAUUGAUGCUGCAGUUUCGAAAUUUCUUGGUGAUGGUUAUGGCUGAAGAUGGCGGCCUCCCUGGCGCCUCGCAAGUCGUCGACUGCGUACGAUGAAACCUUGAACUCGGCUUCCUACAACAGCGGGAUCUUCGUCACGUUUGCGUCCGCCAGGGAACGCAGGUGGAAUCUUAUGAACCAAUUCUUUACUAGGAGAUUUUACAGAGAAUACAAAAAUCCAAACCCGCGCAUUGUCGCAUCUUUGGAAUCCAACGGCUUGUUAGAGCACGCCAUGCACAUUGCCAACUGGUCUGGAAAUGACUCAUCACGAUCUGCCCUUCCCAUUAACGUAUUCCACCUCAACAAUGGGGUCCUGGAAGGCGCCAUUUACAGGCUUGCCAAAGGUACAAAAGUACGGUUCAUGCUGGGCCCCUCACUGUAUGGCAAAAAUGUCAAGUUCUUCAUAAACGUGCCACUUACAUCCGGUGCCACUUAUUCAAGGACCCUGUAUAAUGAAGUGAACUGGUGCCAGGACAUCCACAAUCCCAACGACGAGACAGCAUACUUUGCUGACAUCACUUUCAUCUUGGCAGGAAGCUUUCAUUACUACUUCACAUGCAAUGAUGAGUGUGAACAUGCAGGUUCAGGAUACUUUCUCAUUGAUCCUGUGCUUCGGCAUGGCAAGGAUGGAGAGGUCUUGCCAUUGGACUGUGUCCAGUGCCAGACAGUACUGACCAAGUGCCUGGGACCCUUCGAUGGCUGGAAGCAGAAGCUGGAAGUGAGCCGCGAGAGUGGCUACAACUUUGUCCAUUUCACGCCCAUUCAGGAGUUGGGGGACUCCUUAUCGUGCUAUUCUCUCCGCAAUCACCGCAGGCUAAACCCUAUGUUUAGCACGCCAGAUCGCACGUACGACAUGAAGGAUAUGGAAGAGCUGGUCAACAUGAUGUGUGACGAAUGGAAAGUAUUGUCAUUAACAGAUGUUGUGUUGAACCACACAGCCAACGAGACUCCUUGGAUCAGGGAGCACCCUGAGUGUGCGUACAACCUCAAGAAUUCACCGCACCUCAAGCCAGCCUUUCUCUUGGAUGUUGCCAUCCACUGUUUCAGCCUUGAGAUCUCCAAGGGAAAGUGGGAGUCUGAGGGCAUUCCUGCAUCCAUCACACAUGAGGAACAUCUUGAUGCGCUGAGACGUGUAUUUGAACUGAACUGGCUCCCAAUGUUGCAGCUGCAGGAGUUCUUCACCAUCAAUGUGGAUGGCAUUGUUGACACAUUCAGGCAGAAGGUUAUUGACAAAGGGCAGCCAAACACUGGUCCCAUGCCUGAUGGUGGCAACCUGAAAGUGCUGCGGGAUCCAGAGUACCGGCGAAAUGGCUCCACUGUUGACAUGAAUAAGGCCCUGCAGAUCUUCAACCGCAACUGGGAACCUAGUAGCCCCGAUGCUCCCGAUCUGAUUGACAGGUGUUGUAGCGACUUCAGGCGUUACCUGGAGCACUUAAAUGGCAUCGAGUGGAAUUUGCUGCACAGCCAUCUUCAGGCAGCAGUGGAGAACAUCUUACGUGGUUGUCGCUACCUCCGUGUUCAAGAGGAUGGACCCAAGAAGACUGCAGUCACCAUUAAGAAUCCUCUCGUGGAAAGGUACUUUGUGGUCAACACUGAUAUCCCAGUCCUGGACCUGAAGGAGGCAGAGAAGCUAAUCUUCAGUGACAGAUCUGCCUUUGUUAUGGCCCACAAUGGUUGGGUCAUGAACGAUGAUCCACUGCGGAAUUUUGCUGAGCCAGGGUCGAAUGUGUAUCUUCGUCGUGAGCUCAUAGCCUGGGGUGACAGCAUCAAGCUUCGAUACGGCAAGUCACCUGAUGAUUGCCCGUUCCUGUGGGAGUACAUGAAGGACUAUGUCUGUGAGACGGCCAAGAUAUUUCAUGGCAUACGCCUUGACAACUGCCACAGCACCCCACUGCCACUUGCAGAGUAUGUCCUGGAUGCUGCACGCCUGGUACGUCCAGACCUCUACGUGAUUGCCGAGCUCUUCACGUCGAAGGAGGAAGUUGACAACAUCUUUGUCAAUCGACUUGGAAUCAGCUCUCUGAUUCGUGAAGCCAUGAGUGCUCACAAUGCUCGUGAGCUGGGCCGGCUUGUUUACCGGUAUGGUGGUGAACCUGUAGGAAGCUUUAUUCCCCCACCAAUUCGCUGCCUCAAGCCAUGCAUUGCACAUGCACUUUUCAUGGACAUCACGCAUGACAACCCAUCACCUUUUGAGAAGCGUUCAGUGUACGACUACCUUCCGAGUGCUGCUGUUGUGUCAAUGGCAUGCUGUGCAACUGGAUCAAACCGUGGCUACGAUGAGCUCGUGUCCCAUCAUAUUCACGUUGUUGAUGAAUUUCGUCAGUACCCUGCUUGGUCAGUGAACCCAACUGAGAAGCCUUCAUCUGUCCACCUGCAUUCAGGGAUCAUCGCUGCAAAGCGAGCACUGAACCGACUGCAUUACGAGCUUGGCCUGCAAGAUUUCACGCAAGUUUUUGUGGACCAGGUUGACCCCAACACAAUUGCUAUCACUCGACACAGUAUUUCAACGCAUGAGUCGGUGGUCCUGGUGGCCCGUACAUCAUUCCAGAUGCCUGGGAACCCGAACGAGACAGGUUGUAAAAAGGUGGCCCCUCAUCCAGUGAGCAAAGCCGCAGUUCAAUACCUUCGCCGGCACCUGACCCACAUGGGAUAUAUUCUGGGAGCCCAGCCUGAAGCUGCUGCUGGGGCAGCUGUGUGCUCUAAUGAAGAGAGCAUUGAGAGCAUAGUCAAGGCCCUCACACUGUCAGACCUUAACCGAGUCCUGUUCCGCUGCGACGUUGAGGAGCGGGCAGAGGACAGGGGUGGGGCGGCCUACAACUUUCCGAGGUUUGGCAGCCUCGUUUACUGUGGCCUUCAAGGCAUCAUGUCUGUGCUGUCUGAGAUUCGCAUAAGGAACGAUCUUGGUCACCCUGUGUGCGACAACUUGCGUGUCGGUGACUGGCUCAUGGAGUACAUCAGCAAUCGCCUUGCACAGGAGCGUACCACUGGGAAGCUUGCCAAGUGGCUGGACCAAGUGUUUGCAUCAGUGAAGAAGGCUCCUCGUUAUCUGAUUCCCUGUUACUUUGAUGCUGUGGUGACCAGCACAUACUGCAUUGUGCUUGAGGAAGUAUGGAACAAAAUGUCAGAUUUUGUAAAGAAUGGUUCAACACUGGUGCGAGAACUGGCCCUGGGUUCAGUGGCUCUGGGUGGCUACGUUCCGGGAGCCCAUCUGCCACCACUGUCGCGUCAGCUGACACCACCUCAACAGCCAUACCGGAUUGACGAAAAGACCGAUGCUCGCCAGGAGAGUUGCACCACCAUUUCUGCAGGACUGCCACACUUUGCAGCUGGCUAUAUGAGAAACUGGGGCCGAGACACAUUCAUUGCUCUCAGGGGUCUCUUCUUGCUGACUGGCAGGUUCCAGGAGGCAAGGUACAUUAUCCUGGCAUUUGCGGGCUGCCUCCGGCACGGUCUUAUUCCUAACUUGCUGGACAAGGGCACGCAUGCACGAUACAACUGCCGCGAUGCCAUCUGGUGGUGGCUGCAGGCGAUUCAGGACUACUCCAAGGAGGCUCCCGACGGCUACCUCAUCCUCAAGGACAGAGUGGCACGCCUUUAUCCAACUGAUGACAGUCCACCACAGGAACCUGGUGUCAAGGAGAUGCCCCUUGAAGAAGUGAUACAGGAGGCCCUGCAGCGUCAUUUUGCAGGCAUUGCAUUCCGAGAGAGGAAUGCUGGCCACCAGAUUGACAGCCAGAUGAAUGAUGAAGGCUUCAACGUUACGGCUGGAAUAGAUGUCAAGAAUGGCUUUGUGUACGGUGGCAAUCCUUGGAAUUGUGGAACAUGGAUGGACAAGAUGGGGAGUUCUGAGAAAGCUGGUAACAAGGGGCAUCCUGCCACACCCAGAGACGGGUCUGCAGUGGAGCUUGUAGGGCUCUGCAAAUCCGCCUUGCGGUGGCUUGAUCAGAUGUACAAGGACGGCUACUACCCAUACAAUGCAGUUGAGAAGACUGAGCAUGGUGUGACGACCGUGAUGACUUUUGACCAGUGGGGGUCACUGAUCAAGAAAAAUUUUGAGCCAUGUUUUUGGGUGCCUCCUGCACACCAGCCCGUGCACCAUGACGAUUUGCAUCCUGAAAUGAUUAAUCGCCGUCUGAUCUACAAGGACUCGUAUGGGGCCAUUUGGCCGUGGGCUGACUAUCAAUUGAGGCCAAACUUUCCAAUUGCCAUGGUGGUGGCACCUGAGCUUUUCACUGUUGAGAAGGCCUGGGAUGCUCUAAACAUUGUCAAACAGACCCUUGUUGGCCCCUUUGGAAUGAAGACCCUUGAUCCCAGUGACAUGAAUUACAAUGGCUAUUACUACAACAGCAAUGAUUCUCAUGACUACAAGUGUGCUCAUGGCUUCAACUACCACCAGGGUCCGGAAUGGCUCUGGCCGAUGGGCUUCUACCUCAGGGCCAGGCUAUACUUUGCACAAAAGGUGCCUGACAGCAAAAAGGCACUGGCGGCUGCUGUUGACGAGGUCAAGGCGAUCCUUUCCAACAACUACCAGAUUAUCCAGUCGUCACCCUGGCGGGGGCUGCCCGAACUCACUAACCGCGAUGGGGACAUCUGCCCCGACUCAUGCCCGAUUCAGGCCUGGAGCCAUGCCUGCCUUCUGGAAGUGGUUUAUGACCUACAGAAGCUCCAGGCAUCACAGUUUCAGGCAUCAUAGAAGCUCCAGGCAUGAUAGAAGGGUUGCUAUUGCAGCUUCUGCCGAGGAGUGUAGUAAAUUUAUUAUUAAUGGAA